AUUAGUGGUUCGCAUCUAGUGGUUUAUUGUUCGAGGCAUUCGAGCAUGUUCCAUAAUCCAUUCCAAGCGCGCACUUGGGUGAAAAGCAGGGAAGAGUCCGCGUGUUCACGUGCUAGCAAGAUUUGUCUCUGUUAUAAUUCGUGAUUUUGGAUUAAGAUGGAAAGUUUUCCUCGAGGUGGGAAGGAACUUGGAACUAAGAGGUCUGCAACCAUGACGUCCAAGGUUGAGCUUAAACCUAAAAGGCGUAAAAUACAAACAAAGGAAAGAACUGCACGCAAAGAAAAAACAAAAACAGUGAAGAGAUUGCGCCUUCCGGAAUGCGGAUUUUCUUGGAACAACACGGUAGAAUUGGCUGCUCCUGCUGGAACGUCCAGCGACGAUGACGAAGAGCCUGAAGAAGAGUCUGAGCGGAAGAAGAAAAAGAAGAUAAGUGCGGCUGAGCGGCGAGAACAGGAACGACAGAAGGAACGUGAGAUUCGCCAGCGAGAGGAGGCUCUGGCGAGCAAUCAGAUACCCAAUACGGUCGACCAAUUUGACAAAUUGGUCUUGGCGUACCCUGAUAGCUCGCUACUGUAUAUACAGUACAUGGCGUAUCAUCUGCAGGCUACGGAGAUCGACAAGGCGAGGGCGGUCGCGAGACAAGCCGUGAAAAUGAUCAAUUUCAUGGAGUUGAAUGAGUUAUUGAACGUGUGGAAGGCAUGGAUGAACCUGGAGUCCAGAUACGGCACCGCCGAGUCUCUGAACGACGUGUUCCAGGAGGCCGUGAAGAAGAACGAACCGAGCAAGGUGUACCUGCACAUGCUGAUUGUGCACGAGGACGCCGGUAGAAAAAAAGAGCUUAAGGAAUUGAUCAAAAGCAUGACCAGCAAGUUUAAGGACCAACCCAACACGUGGAUAAAAUGCUGCUCGGCGUUGCUGAAACUCGGCAUGAAGAAGAAAUCGCGGUGGCUCAUGCAGCAAUCAUUACAAUUCGUGAAAUCAUCGCUGCACGCAUACAUGCUGAUACAAUUUGCGAUUUUGGAGAACACACUGGGAGACAGCGAAGAAGCAGAAUCGAUAUUCGAGAAGACCCUGAGUAGUUAUCCCAAAAACAGCUACGUAUGGUCAUACUACGCCGAUUCCUUCAUAAAGUCUAACAACAUCGAUUUUGCCAGAAAAGUGUUGGAGCGGGCGUGUGCCCAAACGUUUCCAAUGAAAAACAUGAAAACUCUCUUCAUGAAAUGGAUAAAUUUAGAAGUGAAAUACGGUACACCCGAGGCUGUAGCUCGCGUGCGGCAAAUGGCUGCCGAUUACGGGUCGAAAUGUAUUUAAAUAGUAAGUGGUAAAAUAGUAGAAAGUAAUAACUAAUUUCAUAAUCGCGCAAGGAGUAUUUGUGGACACCAAGAGAUGCCACAUUUUUUUAACUGAUCGCGGUUGAUUUGUAGCCUUGUGACAUUGACUACGUUUAACGAAAAAGGCAAUUUGGUAAGCGCUUAGUGAUUCUUUAUUAUUAAUUAGUUCCUUAUAUCUAAAUAAUUACCUAUAAUUAUAUAUUAUAAAUUAUGUA